CAGAAUUAAGGGAGAGUCCUUUCUGAAACUCCCACCAGCGGCUCCAAAUCAAGUUCUCUCAGCCACUGGAGGGCGCGACGCACUGAGCAGGAGGCUCUACGGCCGCUCCCUCCGACUCCCAUGAAGAAGUGCGACCCAGAAUCUCCCAUAUACUUCCGUUUCCGGCCCAGCCUCUUUCUUUCCGGGCUGGUAGCGCUCCUGCAAGCAUGGUGAACGUUCCUAAAACCCGGCGAACUUUCUGUAAGAAGUGUGGGAAGCACCAACCCCACAAAGUGACACAGUACAAGAAAGGCAAGGAUUCUCUGUACGCCCAGGGAAAGCGGCGUUAUGACAGGAAGCAGAGUGGCUAUGGUGGACAGACUAAGCCGAUUUUCCGGAAAAAGGCCAAAACUACAAAGAAGAUUGUGCUGAGGCUUGAGUGUGUUGAACCCAACUGCAGAUCUAAGAGAAUGCUGGCUAUUAAGAGAUGCAAGCAUUUUGAACUGGGAGGAGAUAAGAAGAGAAAGGGCCAAGUGAUCCAGUUCUAAGCUUCAUCUUUUGUUUUAUUAUGAAGACAAAUAAAACCUAGCCAUGUUCACUUCA